AUCUAUAGGAGACUGGAGGAGGAUUUUGAUUUACACAUACAGAAAUGGCAUCUAUAAGUAAUCACGGAUAACAAAACCGUAACCACUCAUAUAUGUCCGUCCUCUCACUGCCUCUUACGUAGUCUGUUUUUCUUUUCUUCCUUCUAAUAUUCUGAUAGACAGAAAAGCCCAAGUCGUAUUAAUAACCUUGCAGCUCUGAUCGAGCUCGCAACAUAUCUCUAUCAUCCAUCCAUUCAUCCAUGUUGAGAAUGGUUCUGCAACUUCAAUUGCUCCUCUUUCUUUGCUUCAUAAUUCUUAUCAGUACCCCCCUAAAUCUUUCAUUAGCUUUUGAUUUAGAACUAGGUGCUGAUGAGUUUAAAAGAGAUGACUUCCCUCCCCCACCGGACUUUGUUUUUGGUGCUUCCUCCUCUGCUUAUCAGGUGGAAGGUGCUGCGGACCAAGACGGGAGAACCCCAAGCAUCUUGGACACCUAUACUCAUGCUGUCGGCCAAAGUUGGCAAUUUGCUAGUUGCAUGCAUAUUCCAAAUGUGUGAAGACCAUUACUAAGUUUAAAAAUUUAGGGAAAAUGCAUGGAGCCACUGGAGAUGUAGCGUGUGAUGAGUAUCAUAAAUACAAGGAAGAUGUGCAACUGAUGGUGGAUACUGGUUUAGAGGCGUAUAGAUUUUCCAUCUCAUGGUCAAGACUUAUACCCAAUGGAAGAGGACCCGUGAAUCCAAAGGGUGUACAAUAUUACAACAAUCUCAUUGACCAACUAAUCAGCAAAGGAAUCCAGCCUCAUGUUACUUUACACCACAGUGAUCUCCCACAGGCACUCGACGAUGAGUAUGGAGGAUGGGUUAGCCCACAGAUUGUAAAAGACUUCACUGCAUAUGCAAAUGUUUGCUUCGAACAGUUUGGCGAUCGAGUUGGGCAUUGGACUACUAUGAAUGAGCCAAAUGUUUUUGUACUCGGGGGUUAUGAUAUUGGAUUCCUUCCACCACAACGAUGUUCAGCUCCAUUUGGUCUUAAUUGCUCGAGGGGUAACUCCUCAACUGAGCCAUACAUGGCAAUUCAUAAUUUCUUGUUAUCUCAUGCAUCAGCAGCAGCACUCUACAAGCAUACCUACCAGCACAAGCAGCGUGGGUUUAUAGGCAUCAAUGUAUUUGCCUAUUGGUUUGUUCCUCAAACCGAAACCCAUCAAGACCAAGUUGCUACUCAAAGAGCCCUCGACUUCUAUUUUGGUUGGGUUAUGCAUCCUUUGGUGUAUGGAGAGUACCCUCAAGUAAUGAAAAAGAAUGCAGGCUCUAGAAUUCCAACGUUCACCAGUGCUGAGUCUUCAAAGGUCAAGGGUUCCUUCGACUUCAUUGGACUUAAUUACUAUAACACAUUGUAUGCCAGUGACAACUCUGCCGCAUUAAACAUUCAAAACAGAGACUAUGUAGCGGAUUCGGCAACCCAGAUUUCUCCUUUGGAUUACAAUACAUCAACGUUGGAGUUUCCGAUAACACCUUGGGGUAUGGAAGGACUGUUGGAAUAUAUCAAACAACACUACGGCAAUCCGCCCUUAUAUAUCCAUGAAAAUGGCCAACAAACUCGACGCAAUUCUUCGUUGGAGGAUUGGUCCAGAAUCGAAUAUUUGCAUGGACACGUUCACAGUUUGCUUAAUGUUAUAAGGAAUGGAUCAAAUGCUAGAGGCUAUUUUACCUGGUCUCUCUUGGAUUCAAUUGAGCUUUUGGGUGGCUAUGAAAUAAGCUACGGCCUUUAUUACAUCGAUUUGGACGAUCCGGAUUUAAAAAGACAGCCUAAACUCUCUGCACAUUGGUACUCAAAGUUUCUAAAGAACAAAAACAUCACUCCACGUUCGGAUUCAGAUGCUGAUCAACAUUACUUCUUUCAGUAGAUAAUUUUGUUGUAUAUAUGUUUGAAGUUAAACUUAUUCAUCACUUCAAGCAUAAUCAAAACUAGAUGAAGAAUGAUCGAACAACUUUUUUUUUUUUCUUUACACUCAUAUAUUCUUGGCUUCAUUCCUUUUCA